AUGGAUGAAGAGAUGCUCUGCGAUGAUGUGGAGGUUGCAGUGGAGCCUGCCCCGGCUCCCCAGAGGCGCAAGCUGGGCAGGCUACAGCGCAUGUCAGUUGGCAAUACCAAGGAAUCGCCUAGGCGUGACCUGCCGCACAAAGCGCUGCGCGCCCACGACGUUGCCGCUGCUGGCGACCAGGCCGCUGCGCUGCAACCAGCCGAUGCAGGCGCAGCUGCAGGCGACGGAUCGGCAGCAGGGGCCAGCACCAGCCAGGCAGCGGCGGGCCUCACCGCGGCGGCUUCCGGCGCAGGCGCGCCGGACGCGCCUGAUGGCACCCAGGCGGCACCUGUGGGCGAUGGCGCGGAAGAUGAGCUGGAGCGCUACAUAGCCAGCCGCGAGCGGCAGUUGCAGAAUGUCGACGGCGGCGACGACGACAUCCGUGCAGCCCCCAGUGGCGGCGCCGCGCCGGAGGCGCCGGCCCGCAGCAGCGGCAGCGGUGAGGAGGAGCGCGGUAGCGGCAGCGAGGGCAAUAAGGGCUAUCGAGACGAGGAAGACGAGUACGCUGAGGUGGUCCUGCAUAAGAAGGGCCAAAGAAGAGGCAAGCACCUAUCAGGGGGGUACAUCCCUGCUGGCAAGACGCCUCAAGCGCAGUCCAAGGGUGGCGUGGCAGGGCGCAAGCAGUGCCUGCAGUGCUGA